AUGGUCAAGGGAGAGAAGCUGGACAACCCUAUGAGAAACAUAAGAAUUGAAAAACUUGUUCUCAAUAUUUGUGUUGGAGAGGCUGGUGACAGAGUGACCAGAGCAGGGAAAGUUUUGGCUGAUCUUACAGAUCAAAAACCAGUGUUUUCAAGGGCUAGAUACACCAUUCGUUCUUUUGGAAUCAGACGUAAUGAAAAAAUCGCUGUUUACACCACUGUGAGAGGAGACAAAGCUGAAGAUAUUUUAGAAAGAGGCCUAAAAGUCAGAGAGUUUGAACUCAAAAGAAAAAACUUCUCAAAGAGCGGAAACUUCGGCUUUGGAGUCCAAGAGCACAUUGAUCUCGGCAUCAAAUAUGACCCUAACACAGGUAUUUAUGGGAUGGAUUUCUAUGUUGUUCUUGCUCGCAGUGGAAAUAGGAUUAAGGAAAGACGUCACGCUACUUCAAGACUUGGAAAGAGUCAGAAAGUAACAAGAGAAGAGGCUAUGCAAUGGUUCCAACAAAAGUAUGAAGGCAUUCUUAUUAACUAA